GUUAAAAUAGUUGUUAUCGCUUGAAACUACGGUUAUGAAAUACAUCGUCGGUUUUGGUUUUCAAAAUAAAUUCAGUGCUGUCCUGGAAACAUGAGUUGCAAAAUUUAACAUCCAGGAUGCUUCAACGAAAUGUGUUUUUAUUGCUUUUAAUUAAUAUUUUGACACAGUCAGAUGCAGUUGUAGAUUGGACCAAGGUUUCUAAACCAGUAAAACAACAAAUAUUCAACAUCUAUACAGGUGUGGCAUUUGUAGACAAGGCCAUUCAAGGCGACAAAAUAGUUGCCGAGAAUAUUACAUAUUACUUAUGGGCCACCAAUAAAGCUGAAGAUUCUGUGAUCGUAAAUCUUACCACCUUCAAUCCACUCAUUAAAAAAAAUGCCUUCUAUGUAUUCUUUCUACACGGCUGGAGUGAAAACAAAGAAACUGAGUGGUAUCGACUCUUACGACAAGCCUUCUUUAAAAAGAACCCAAACUAUUACAUUAUCGAAGUAGACUGGUCAUUUUAUGGAGCUAAAGAUUAUAUUAUAGCGUCAUAUGACACUAAACCGGUAGGACGUGUUAUUGGAGAAUUUGUAGUCCACUUACACAGAAAUUAUCAUAUUUCGCUUAAUAAUAUUCUCAUUGUUGGUCACUCACUGGGAGGCCAAGUUGCUGGGUUUGUCGGAAAAACAGUUCAUAAGUUAACAUGGAAAAAAUUACCGAGAAUAGUGGCUCUAGAUCCCGGUGGACCUAUGUUUCAUACUAGACCAAAACGUGAAAGACUAAAUCGGACAGAUGCUAAAGUCGUUCAGGUGAUACACACCAGUGGCGGAGUCUUUGGAUUUCAAGAAGCCUGUGGUACAAUUGAUUUUUUUCCGAAUAAUGGAACUUGGCAACCUGGGUGCCUUCGGUUAACUCUAUUGAGUGCAAAAGAUGUUAGUGGAAAACAAUUUUGCUCUCACUGGAGGAGUUGGAAGUAUUUUGCGGAAGCAGUACCUGCGCCUAAACAAUUUGUGGCUAGAAAAUGUGAAAGUUGGCUUAAAUAUACAAAACAUUUAUGUGGAAAUGAACAGGAAACAAUGGGAAAUUUAAAAACCACUAAACGGGGAAAGUUUUAUUUGAGGACAAAUUUCAAGCCACCAUAUUCUAAAUAGUAUCAUGUGUGUGUGUGUGUGUGUGUGUUGGACAGCUGAUUAAUAUACUUUCUUUCGCAUGGUUUUAUUUGCUGCUUUUGGUAAAUAUUGAUCU